CAAAGCCCUAAGAAACACAGCUCAUUGUUGGCAGCUGCCGGGCGGUCUAGCGAUCUAGCGAGCUGUGAGGCAGCAGAGGGGAAAUAAAAGGGAACGGCUCCGGUCCUGCCCCAGCAGCCGCUGCAAGACCUCGGCGCAGACUUCGAGACAGCGAGCGCCUUGCACACCGGAAAGGCCACCUCUAUGUGCUGCUGAGCCGGUCCUGGACCCAACGAUCCCGCCCUCGGUCUUCAGAGCAGAAAUCGCAAGGACGGAAGGACUGGAAAUGGCAGACCAUAUGAUGGCCAUGAACCACGGGCGCUUCCCCGACGGCACCAAUGGGCUGCACCACCACCCUGCCCACCGCAUGGGUAUGGGGCAGUUCCCAAGCCCCCAUCACCACCAGCAGCAGCAGCCCCAACACACCUUUAACGCCCUAAUGGGCGAGCACAUACACUACGGCGCGGGCAACAUGAAUGCCACAAGCGGCAUCAGGCACGCGAUGGGGCCGGGGACUGUGAACGGAGGGCACCCCCCGAGCGCGCUGGCCCCCGCGGCCAGGUUUAACAACUCCCAGUUCAUGGCCCCCCCCGUGGCCAGUCAGGGAGGCUCCCUGCCGGCCAGCAUGCAGCUGCAGAAGCUCAACAACCAGUAUUUCAACCAUCACCCCUACCCCCACAACCACUACAUGCCGGAUUUGCACCCUGCUGCAGGCCACCAGAUGAACGGGACAAACCAGCACUUCCGAGAUUGCAACCCCAAGCACAGCAGCGGCAGCAGCACCCCCGGCGGCUCCGGCGGCAGCAGCACCCCCGGCGGCUCCGCGGGCACUUCUGGCGGCGGCGCGGGCAGCAGCAAUAGCGGCGGCGGCAGCGGCAGCGGCAGCAGCAGCAACAUGCCCGCCUCUGUGGCCCACGUCCCUGCUGCAAUGCUGCCGCCCAAUGUCAUAGACACUGAUUUCAUCGACGAGGAAGUGCUUAUGUCCUUAGUGAUAGAAAUGGGUUUGGACCGCAUCAAGGAGCUGCCUGAACUCUGGCUGGGGCAAAACGAGUUUGAUUUUAUGACGGACUUCGUGUGCAAACAGCAGCCCAGUAGAGUAAGCUGUUGACUCGAUCAAAAUCUCGGAGAAAGAAAUCAAAUCCCCCAACUUCUUCGGCGUGAAUUAAAAAACAUUCCCUUAGACACAGUAUCUCACUUUUCAGAUCGUGAAAGGUUUGAGAACUUGGAAACAAAGUAAACUAUAAACUUGUACAAAUUGGUUUUAAAAAUUGCUGCCACUUUUUUUUUUUUUCUGUUUUCGUUUCGUUUUUGUAGCCUUGACACUCACCUCCCUUAUGUAGUUGAAAUAUCUAGCUAACUUGGUCUUUUUUGUUGUUUGUUUUUACUCCUUAUUUCCUCACUUUCUCCAGUGCUGAACUGUUAGAUAUUAAUCUUGGCAAACUGCUUAAUCUUGUGGAUUUUGUAGAUGGUUUCAAAUGACUGAACUGUAUUCAGAUUUAUGAGGGAAAGGAAAAAUUGCAUUAGUUGGUUGCAUGAACUUUGAAGGGCAGAUAUUACUGCACAAACUCUGCCAUCUCACUUCAUUUUUUUAACUAUGCAUUUGAGUACAGACGAAUUUUUUAAAAUAUGCUAAACUGGAAGAUUAAACAGAUGUGGGCCAAACCGUUCUGAAUCAGGAAAAGUCAUACUGUUCACUUUCAAGGUGGCUGUCCCCCUCCCCCAUAUGUACAGACAAUAAUAGGGUGUGGAAUGUCGUCAGUGGCAAACAUUUCACAAAUUUUUAUUUUGUUUCUGUCUUCAACAUUUUUGACACUGUGCUAAUAGUUAUAUUCAGUACAUGAAAAGAUACUACUGUGUUGAAAGCUUUUUAGGAAAUUUUGACAGUAUUUUUGUACAAAACAUUUUUUUGAAAAAAUACUUGUUAAUUUAUUCUAUUUUAAUUUGCCAAUGUCAAUAAAAAGUUAAGAAAUACUUGUUUUCUAGAAGUCAUUUGGGGGUGGUUAUUCCCUUUGGUGGCUUUCUUUUUUUCUCUUUAAGUUGAACACUUUAUUGAUGAGAGUAAGCAUUCCAAAGGAUAAAUUACAGGACACUAAAACAGGUCAUGAUGAGCUUAAAGCGGAGAGCAGGAUUUAACAUAAUUGGCAUAAUGCUUCAUUGUUAUCACUGUAACAUGCCUCUUGGUGUGGUUUAAUCAAAAGCUGCAAAGUUGUUAGAGCUUUUUUUCUUCCCCUGAAUUGUCAUCAUAAGUGUACUCCAGAGUUAGGCAGGUUUGUAAUACUAAAUGUUAUAAAUAUUUUUUCACAGAGAGGGAGGGGGGAAAGACAAGUAUUUCUGGUUAUACCUGAUUCAACUACUUAACUGGAGGUAGACUGGAAUAAAAUACUGGGAGAGUGAUGAGGAUGUAUUAAAUACAAAUCUGCCUUUA